GCUUCAUCCUCGCAGCAGCACCCACCCACCGCGACGACAUCGCCAUCGACCAGGGCUAUUCCGCCGGCGAUCCCUGAUCCCGGCCCCUUCGCAUCCGCGGCUUGGGCGCUCGAAACAGCUGCUCCGUCCGAGCGUGCAGCAGAGCAGGGAGGUGGCUGUUCCAGGUUGAUUUAACGACCGACUCCACCCUCGGCCCUCCCACCGCCUUUGCAGACUCUCCUCGCUGCCUUUCCCUAGACGUCGCUAGCGCCACCUGCUCUGCGCGUGAAAUUGCGCAGGCCACGCUACUGCAUCGCUCCCCAACCCUCGUCCACCGCUGCGCCCGGACCCUCGCUGCCCGGAUCCUUCGACGUCUACCACCGCGCAAUAAUAACAAUGUCGCAGCCAAAAAUCCCAGAUAGGGCCCGCAAGUAUAAGGAAGACCCGGCGCCUGUAGCGUCGCAAAAGAUGCAUCAUCCCCACUCGGCUCAGGGCUUGCCACCGCCUAGUCACCUUCCUGUUCACCACCCUAGGCCUGGUGUAGUCCAUCAACAACAUCAACACCAGCACCAUCCCGACUCUCCCCACCAGUCAGUGCCUUCUCAGAGUCCUGCACAGGGCCACUACCCAUCACCACAACACCCAAACCCUCAGGGUCCUCCGCAGCACCAAUCGCCUUACAUCCAGCAAAUCCAAGGCCCCCCACCGCCGCAACAGCAACAAGAGGUUCCCUAUUACUCCCAGCACCACCAGAGCCCUUACAGCACCAACAGUGCGCCGAGUAACUACUCAUCCUCAGAAACCCCAGAGCUCAUGGCGGCCGCAACAAUGAACCGGGGCGGAUAUCCUCCGAUCUCAUACCACACCCCGCAGUCAAACUCACCAGCAUCUGUUCAGUCUCCACAGCACGACCAGCACGGCCGGCCAAUCUAUGGACAACCGCCCAGCCAGAUGCCUCAGUCAAUGUACUACACUCCCUAUGCUUCGGCGCCAGUUCCCCAACAGUCACCAUACCAGCAGCAUCCUUCGAGCGCCCCACAGCAACCAAUGGCGACGCAAUCGCUGCUCAUGUCUCACCAGCAAAACCAGCAGAUGCAGCAUCAACAACAACAGCAUCAGCAGCACCAUCCUCAAACCCCAGGAAUGACGGGAAGCCCCAAGUCGCGCAUGUCGCAGACGCCACUUCAACGGCCACCGUCAGGACUCGGCCCGCCUCAAGCUCCGCCUCAAGGCCCUCCCGUUGGUACCCCCAACAUGCACGCUGGCCCUCCCGGAGGACCCAACGUCAACCCUAAUGCCGCGCCUGGUCCCAUUCCUGCUACCACUCCCCUUGUUGUGCGACAAGACCAGAACGGUGUGCAAUGGAUCGCGUUUGAGUACUCUCGGGACAGGGUCAAGAUGGAGUACACCAUCCGCUGCGACGUCGAGUCCAUCAAUGUUGACGAGCUCCCGCAAGACUUCAAGACCGAGAACUGUGUGUACCCCCGCGCUUGCUGUGCCAAGGACCAAUACAAGGGCAACCGCCUUCACUACGAGACCGAAUGCAACACCGUCGGCUGGGCGCUAGCGCAGUUGAACCCCUGCCUGCGCGGAAAGCGUGGUCUUAUCCAGCGCGCCGUCGACAGCUGGAGGAACAGCAACCAAGACCCUCGACUAAGGAGCCGACGCGUGCGCAGAAUGGCCAAGAUGACCACAAGGAAAGCCCAAUCGGCUAACCAUGGUAACCACAUGGCUGGACCAGGUGGACCAGGUGCUCCUGGUGUUCCCAACUCUGCCGGAUUAGCAGCACCGCCCCGACAACCGAACAUGGGCAUGGGCGGCCCUCAGAUGCACCAUCACCAUGAUGGACCUGGAGGGCCCCACGGAGGACCGGAUGACGUUAGCGCCAAUGAAUACGGUGAAUCACACACACACCAUCACCAAGCGCCAAACGGUCAAUCAUCAUCACCUACCGACGGGCGACCUGCUCAGAGCUUCUACCCGAAUUACCCAUCGAGCGACUCCGUCGCAGGCUCCAGCGGCAUGCCGCCGAUCCACGAUAGCCUGAGCCACCCUCCGCCUCCAUCACACGCGGCGGGUGUUCCGGUUUCAAAGCAGCAAGAGCAAGAUGAAGAAGAGCGAAAGCUAGCCAUGUUUGGCGACUUACCUGACUCGAAGCGCCGCAAAUUCAUACUUGUGGACGACGCGCAACGAGGAACUAGGGUUCGCGUGCGAGUUACUCUCGACACGGUCAAGAUGGAGGAGAUGCCCGACUCUUACCGCAAGUCCAACUCGGUAUUCCCUCGUAGCUACUUUGCUAUGCAAAUGACUUCUCCACCUGCCAGUCCUCGUGGCAGCAAGGUUUUUGCUGAUGAGCCGGACGUUGAGAACGACCCUAGCUUCCCUCUGGCUGGUUCUACUGUUGUGCCUGUUCCUACGCUGGAUGGCGAGACUCGUGUGCCGAAGCCGCGUCUUACUCGUGCGAAGCGGUCGAAGGAGAUUACGCUCAACGAUCUUGGGUACCGUAUGAGUUGGAGCCAGAGUCGUGUUUUCGCAGGAAGGACAUUGUUUCUGCAAAAGUCUCUUGAUGCCUACCGCAACAAAAUGAGAAGCAGCAUGAUGGGCCAAGGUCAAGAUGUGACCCAAGUAGCCCCACAUUUCGAGACUCGUGUUGGAAAGAGGCGGUGGAACGAGAGAAUCGAGAAGAGUAAGAAGGCGAGGCGCGAUGGCUCUCCUUAA